CCCUGCGUCAUCUAUCGAUCGUACCACAAACUACACCCGUUUAAAAAUCAAUAAAUAAACACGCGUUUCUAAUUCUAGAAACAGCAAAAGUUAAAUCAAUAUCAUGUACAUGCACUAAACUAGUUAAAAUGUCUCAUUCUUCUCAAGGAGUUUAUAUUCCUUUACCACAAUCUCUUAGUGAUUCUGAUUCAGAAAAGGAAGAAAAAUCAAAUUAUAUAAGUAAUGGUGUGAACUCGUCUAAAAUUAAAUUUUCACAACCUAAAAAUGGACACACACAGAUGCACGAAUACGAAGAUAAUAUUGGAAAAAUUAAGAAUUUAAAUAGAAAAUUAUCUACUCGUCGUAGAGCUGCACUUGUUUUUUCUAUAUUUCUAUGCUUUUUACCCAUUGUUGUAUUUUUAUGGAUAUUACCUUGUCAAGAUACAAACACUUGUUCAUUAAAAAUAGGUAAUUGGGAAUCAAUUCAUGAAAAUUUGGAGUUAAUGGGGCCAAUAAAUUUAGUGAGAGGAAUAUUUCAUAAGAAUUGGAAUCUAGCACUGAUUUAUAAAGGUAGUUAUAGCAAUCCUAAAUCUUUUAAAAACGGAGUAAUUUCGUUACUUGGAAAUAAUGGUGCUGUAGCGUGGGAUUUUCAGCAACAAAGUUAUCCACAUGAAAUAAAUUGUACUACAAUAGAUGUAGAAAGUAAUGGCUAUUAUGAUUGCCUCGUGGUAGAUAGUAGGGGUUUAAAGGUGAUAGAAACGAUAUCUGGUGAAGCUCUUUGGCACGCUCACAGUAUAGAACAAAAAUCGAUACCAGAACUAGAAAUGCCUAUUAAGAUAGAAGACUUUGAUAAUGAUGGUACAAAUGAGUUAUUAGCAGUAUACAAAAAAAGUGACUUGCUAAUCAUAUCAGGAAAGACUGGUCAGGCGCUCUCAAAUAUUAAACUACCUUCAAUUUGUUCAUCUAUAAAACUACUAAAGACUGGGAACCUAAAUUCAAUCAAAUAUAUAUGUUCAAAAACAGAAGGCAUAAAAGCAACAUAUGAAACAUCAAUGAGCGAUAUUAAAUCAUAUUACUUAAAUUCAGGAGCGAAUAUAAAAUUAAAUGUUGUAGAAAAUGAAGAUAACUCAACAUUUUACCAAGCAGGGGAUAAAAAAUUAAUUAUAGAAAAUUUAAAUAUUUGUCCAAUAUGUCAAAGUGUAGUGACUCUUUAUAGUUCUAAUAAUACUAAGCUACAUUUAUGGAAAUUUGAUAAUGCAGUAGUAAUGAACCCGAUACCAUUUACAUUUCCAUCUUCAAGGCCUUUGUAUUCUUUUGAAACUUACAUACACGGGUUCAUUUUAAAAAUGUGGUACUGGCAAGAUAAUUCUUUAAAACUGUCACCAGUUACCAGAAUUUAUAAAAGAAAUGUUCCAGUACAUAAUGAAACAUUUCACUUAAACAAAGUAUCAGAAAGAAUUAUUUUGAUAAUUCUCAAAGAAAAUGAUGUACAGAUUGAAAAUGUUAGUUUAACAGAUAUUUACUUAAUCUGCAAUGGACCUCAGCACAAUAAUUGUCAACCGGAUUUCAACAAUCAAAAAGAUUCUCUAUUGAUAGCAGAUCUCGAUUUUGACAAUUCUCUAGAGUUAAUUAGUUAUUCAAGUUCUUAUAAAAAAAUUGAUAUCAAUGGAGAUGACACUUGGCAUCUCACUUCUAAAAUAAAUGUAUUUAGAUUAGAAAGCGAAUUUCCUAAAUUGUUAGAAAUUAAAUAGAUAUUUAAUUUAGAUAUUUGUUUUAUUUCAGAAUAAAUGAAAAAAUUAUAUAAACAUACCAAGUAUAUUUUGGAGAGAAGACCUUCCUAUGGUCGGUCAAAUAAUUGUUUAUAUGUAUAAUUAUUACCUUUAAAUUUAAGUUUCGUCGGUCUAAUUUUUAAACCUCUUAAGUCAAAAAUUUACUGAAAAUAAGUUAUGAGUUAUAAUAUCUUACAUAGUUGUAAUUAAAUUAUUUCAGCACAUAAUACAAAAAUCAAUGCAUUUUCCGAAAUUGGAUGGUUUUUUCCUGUAGAAAUUGUCAAAACUGACUUACAAGGUUUUAAAAUUAGGCUGAUGAUUUAUAUUUUGUAAGAUCAUUUUGUGGUUAAAUAAUAAAACAGUGUUUCAUGAUUUAUAUUUUGUAAGAUCAUUUUAUUGUUAAAUAAUAAAACAGUGUUUC